AUGGCUGAUACUUCCACCCAGCUGCCUGGCUUGCGUUCCGUACCGCUUGUUUGCGACGAGUUCUGGGUUGUUUUGGGGUUGUCUUUGUUGUUGUUGUUUUCCUGGAAUGCUAAACAACGUGGGGUUUUUUUCCUUUUUCUUUUUUUUUUUUCCCGCUCCCUCCCUUCUCUCCCCCGCCCCCGGCAGGGCGUUACUAUCGUGAAGCCAAUAGUGUAUGGAAAUGUUGCGCGGUAUUUUGGAAAGAAAAGAGAAGAAGAUGGUCACACUCAUCAAUGGACGGUUUAUGUAAAGCCUUACAGAAAUGAGGAUAUGUCUGCCUAUGUGAAGAAAAUUCAAUUCAAGUUACACGAAAGCUAUGGCAAUCCUUUAAGAGUUGUUACCAAACCACCAUAUGAAAUCGCUGAAACAGGCUGGGGUGAAUUUGAAAUAAUCAUUAAGAUAUUUUUCAUUGAUCCAAAUGAAAGACCUGUAACCUUGUAUCAUUUGCUGAAGCUUUUCCAGUCUGACACCAAUGCCAUCUUGGGGAAGAAAACUGUAGUUUCUGAAUUCUAUGAUGAAAUGAUAUUUCAAGAUCCUACUGCAAUGAUGCAGCAGCUGUUAACAACGUCUCGUCAACUAACACUAGGUGCUUAUAAGCAUGAAACGGAGUUUGCAGAUCUUGAAGUUAAAACUAGGGAGAAGCUGGAAGCUGCCAAAAAGAAAACCAGUUUUGAAAUUGCUGAGCUUAAGGAAAGAUUAAAAGCAAGUCGUGAAACCAUCAACUGUUUAAAGAAUGAAAUUAGAAAACUUGAAGAAGAUGAUCAAUCUAAAGAUAUGUGACAAGCAUUGACUUCAUAAAGAGGCUAUACUGAAAAUGGAAGGACUUCAAUCAUGGAACUGUGUGUUCUCUCAAAUUCCAUACCUGAGACUAUAUGUAUCUAUGAAUUUCAUUUGCAAAUGAUUGAAGUAUGUGGCAAUCAAUUUUAUAAAUGGGGGAAAAAAAAAGAAACUUGUAUUCCCUUUUUACAGUUAAAAAUCUGUGGAUAUUUACUGGUUUAAUUUAAGGAAAAGAAGUCUUGGAGACCAGACUAGUUACUUUUCUUUUUAUUGCAUUUGAGUGGUAACUUUGUAUUAAGUCUUGUAUUAGUUUAAUGUGAUUUUUACAAAAUGCAGCUAACGUUUACUUUUUUACUUGUUUUUUCUACUCAUUGUUUAGAAACACAUCUCUAAAGCUGAAAAUAAAAUAAGCAGUGUUUCUUU